AUUCAUCCAUCCCACGUAUCACCCUUUCGGUGUCUCAUAUAUAACUCACCGUGAGAGAUCAGAGAAGAAUACAGAAACUGCAAACACACGGUUAUGGCGACGAAGCUCAAGUAUCUAUCCUCCAUUGCUAAAGACGUCGUCACUAGAUGCGCACAGAAAUUGGACAUCACGGUAGAGAAAUUGGUGGAAGAUUUCGAGCGAGGACGGACUCUUGAUGCAGGAAACUAUUGCAAAAAUUUAGUUGAGUUUUGCAGUGGGAAGGUUCUGAGUGAUAUGUGCUGUAAAUUAGAGGAAGAAAUCAAUAAUGGUUCGUUUGGUAGGUUAUCCUUUGACAUUAUGCUUGCUUGGGAAAGGCCUUCCUACUAUGAUGACAACGAAUGCCUGGAAGUUGAAGCAAAGGAGAAAGAAGAAAAGAAGAAGCCUGUGAAAACUACACCAGAACAAGAUGAUAUCUCUCUUUUUUAUUCAGACAUCAUGCCCCUUCUUGUUACGAAUGAGCCGAGUGUUGGAGAGGAUGCAUUUGUAUGGUUGGGAUCAUUAGUUCCAUUAGCUGCGGAUGUAACAAAUGGAAGGUUUACUUUUGAAUCUUUAACCGCACCGACAGGCUUCCAACUACAUUUUCCAGCAUAUGACAUGUUCUUGAAAGAAAUGGCCAAGUGCAUAAGACAUUUGCAGAAACAGGCAAUGCCAACUGGUGUGGAACUAGCGGAAGACGAAUAUAUAUUACAUGUAGAAGGAACGGCCAGCUCUCAGAGAGUAAUUCGCCACAUUGGAUCGACAAGUUGGCCUGGUAGACUUACACUGACCAAUUAUUCUCUUUACUUUGAGACGUCGGGAGUAAUUAAGUACGAGGAUGCUCUCAAAAUAGACCUAUCUAAGGAUAUUGAGCAGAGUGUUGAACCAUCUGCCACAGGGCCAUGGGGAGCCCAACUUUUUGACAAGGGCAUAGUGAUCGAAUCAUCUGAAUUAUCAGAGGGAGUUGUGCUGGAGUUUCCAGAGCUUACAAGUUCUACAAGACGCGACCACUGGCUUGCAUUAAUAAGGGAGAUAAUGUUUCUCCAUCAGUUUUUAUCGAAGUACCAGAUAAAAUGUCGAAUACAAACAUGGGAGAUGCAUGCAAGGACAAUAUUAGGAAUCAUAAGGCUUCAUGCAGCAAGAGAAAUGCUAAGAAUAUCACCUCCUGUCCCAACAAAAUUCUUAAUAUUUUCCUUAUAUAAUGAAAUACCAAAGGGUGAUUAUGUGCUAGAAGAGCUUCCUGAUGUCCUUAGAAAAGUUAAGACUGGACAGCCAUGUAGCGCAAAUUCUCUACUUAGGAGUAUGAACAUUGCUGGCCCAGUAGUCUCCGAUUCGAUUGUAGAAGAGGUGAGUCAGGCAGACAAAAGUGUGGAUGCUUUAGACGAUAGUCCCCCGUUGGAGUCUGCUAGUACACAAUCUAGGGAGGAGGAAAAGAAAGUUCUCGCUGCAAAAGCUACUACUAAAGAAUUAAAGGAAGAAGGAGUUGCGAAAGGUACCACUAAAGAAUUAAAGGAAAGAUCCACUGACAAUCUUCUGGUUCUAACUCCCUCGCUGGAGUGUGCUAUUAAACAAUCUAGGGAGGAAGAAAAGAAAGUUCUUGUUGCGAAAGCUACCACUGAAGAAUUAAAGGAGGAAGGAGUCACAGACAGUGUUCUGGUUCUAACGGAACUACUAAAGCCACUUAAAAAUGUGGUCCCUUGGUUACAAGAAAUAUUCACAUGGGAAAGACCAGUAAACACUCUUGCCGUUCUUGCUGCAUCGCUAAUAAUCACCUAUAUGGAAUGGGUUGGAAAGGGAGCUGCAGCAUUCUUGGUAUGGGUGAUAGUAAAGAUGCUUGAGGCAAGAGAGAAAAAGCUUAAUGAGCAAUGCAAUGAGAUCGUAAUCAAUAGAUCUAACAUGGCUUCUGAUCAAUCUACAAUGGAUAGCAUUGUCUCAGCCCAACAUGGAUUAUACACAGUUCAUGAGAUGAUGCAGAUAGCAAACAUAGCAAUGUUAAAGAUAUGGUCUAUAUUUAUUUCAAAAGCUGACAAGCAUGCAAGAACAGUGAUGGUGGCACUGGGUGGAUUAGCAUUCUUAUUAGCAGUGAUACCAUUCAAAUUCUUCCUAAUGGGUCUCAUUGUGCAAAGUUUCACCAUGGCAUUUAAGACAAGCAACUCUUCAGGAACUGGGAAUAGAAGGUUGAAGGAAUGGUGGGACUCAAUACCAAUAGUCCCUAUCCGUGUAGUAGACAAUGAUGAUAAGUCUCCACAUGUUAAAUAGUUCUUCUUUCAUUAUAUUGUCUAGAAUGAGUUCAUUUUGUGUAGCUCUUCUGCUCCCAAGAAAAAAAACGUUGUUUGUGUAUAAAGGGAAGUGAUAUUGUAGUACAUGAUAACAGAAGACUUUAAAGAUGGAUGUGUAAAAGUCAUCGGCUGUUUCAAUAAGAAAUUUCUUGGAUGUAUAAGAAACUUUGUUUUGGCCAGCAAAA